CUUGAGCAUUGUGAUUGUCGCUAGUCUAGGUCUACCAUGUCUGGACGCGGAAAGCAGGGCGGCAAGACCCGGGCCAAGGCGAAGACGCGCUCGUCCCGGGCCGGCCUGCAGUUCCCGGUGGGCCGCGUGCACCGCCUGCUGCGCAAGGGCAACUACGCCGAGCGCGUCGGCGCCGGCGCUCCGGUCUACCUGGCCGCCGUGCUCGAGUAUCUGACGGCCGAGAUCCUGGAGCUGGCGGGCAACGCGGCCCGCGACAACAAGAAGACGCGCAUCAUCCCGCGCCACCUCCAGCUGGCCAUCCGCAACGACGAGGAGCUCAACAAGCUGCUGGGCAGGGUCACCAUCGCCCAGGGCGGCGUCCUGCCCAACAUCCAGGCCGUCCUGCUGCCCAAGAAAACCGAGAGCCACAAGGUCAAGGCAAAAUGA